GACGGCAACUGACUCAAGGACCCAUUGAAGAGAGCACUGGUGCACUCUUCAUUCACCGGUCCCAGCAAGCAGCCCAGCGUUAUGACAACAAUUUGUGGAGGUUUCUUCACUUUGGCAAUGUUGGCAUGCCUGCUACCCUGGUGCAGCCCUAGUGCCCAGGGUAAUCGCGCUGAAAGGGUGUUCGCAGCAACUGAAAGCGCUGCGAGACUGUGAGCAGCGGGCGUUCUACGACUCUCGCACCAAUAAGAACGGCACCUCAAGAUGCGACUGGAGGUUCGAUGGUUGGCACUGCUGGCCACCAACGGCUCCGGGAGUCGUGGCCCAAGCGCCGUGUCCCGGUCUCAUGCCUGGAGUUGUGAAUGCCUCAGGCACGGCGUUCUACCAUUGCCUCGCGGACGGUUCUUGGAAAGGCCCUCUAGCUCACUAUGGCUAUUGCACAACUAAAAAGAAUCCUGACCCAGAAUUGAAACUUUUGUGGAACAUCGCUGAUGAAAUCGGAGAGUACGUCCCUUGGGAGCAGAGCUCUCCGCGAGGCGAAAACUGGAUGUGGCAGCAGAAGAUCCAUUACUUCAAGCACUGCCUGGAGCACGUACUGCUCAAGCCGGUCCCAGAAGAAGGGGUCAAUGCUUCAUUUUGUCCCCGAACGUGGGACGGUUGGAAUUGCUGGGACGACACUCCUGCAGGUCACACAGCUUAUGCCCCUUGCCCGCAGUUCGUCGCUGGAUUCAUCUCUUCGAGGCAAGCACACAAAGUUUGCACCGCCAAUGCAUCAUGGUUUCGUCACCCAAUCACAGGAAUUAUCUGGUCAAACUACACAGCAUGUGUAGACACGCACGAUCUUCAGUUCCGCAACUUGGUGAAUUCCUUGUACGUGACUGGAUACUCCAUAUCUCUUGUAGCGCUCCUCAUAUCAAUCUUCAUAUUUUGCUACUUCAGAGCCCUCCGUUGCCGGCGCAUCACUAUUCACAAGAAUUUGUUCUCGUCAUUCAUAAUCAACAACUUAUGCUGGAUACUCUGGUAUAUCAAUGUCAUCGCACAACCACACGUUAUAGAGGAGAAUCCGAACUGGUGCCAAGUUCUUCAUGUUGUGACCCAGUAUUUUCUACUGUGCAACUACCUUUGGAUGUUUUGUGAGGGCCUGUAUUUGCACACACUGCUGGUUCUUGCAUUCAUUGCUGAGGACAACAUCAUCAAGUGGUUCUUGCUUAUCGGAUGGGGGUUUCCUUUGAUUCCCGCCAUUGGUUACGGAGUAACGCGAGGCCUAGACAGAGAAGCAUCAAGAAUGUGCUGGGUGGAGCACGACGUCUGGUACACGUACAUACUCAGCGUUCCCGUUUGCAUCUCAAUUCUGUUGAGUUUCGCAUUCCUCGUGAACAUAGUGAGAGUCCUGGUCACAAAACUUCGAGCCGUGAACUCUCCUGACAAUGAGAGCACAAGGAAAGCUGUACGGGCCACAGUAAUAUUGCUGCCACUGCUGGGCUUGCAUUAUGUCGUGACACCUUUCAGACCAGACAAGGGUUCCAUAUUCCUUGCCUACGAGAUCAUAUCAGCACUGGUUACAUCUUUGCAGGGCCUCUGCGUCGCUCUUCUGUUUUGCUUCUUCAACGGGGAGGUUCUGGGCGUCCUUCGGAAGACCCUGUCGCAGACACCGUGGUUUUCAUACGAGAGCAGACGGAUGUCUUACGCGAACACGAGUAUAAGCCGGCGUUAUCGCAGCUUGCGCUCCAAACUUUCAUCGCCAUCAGCGCCAGGUCCUCCGCAUUCAUUUUAUGCCAAGGCACUCACCUGAUGGUAAAAGUCCGGGUGCUUCACCUAACCAUCAGCAGACGAUGCUUUAAAAC